AUGCGACUUAUUGCUUAUAUUGUUAUCUUUUCUUUGAUCCGGGAAGCUCGAAAAAUUUUGGUAGUUCGUCUUUUGCAAAGGAUGGUUAUACUAAGCGGGAAAAAGCUAAGGACAAUUUUAAUCAAAGACGGUACUUGCAAGACUCACAAUAAUGCUAGGCUAAAGUGUGAUGACUUUAUGAACCAAAGAACAAAUGUGGCUAGAAGAAUUGAUGUAAUUAGCAAGGAGGAAGAGAAAAGAUAUGAGAUUCGCUUGAACUCUUCUUUAGAUGUAGCAAGAUUUCUCAUAAUGCAAGGUGAUGCUUUUCGUGGACACGAUGAGUCCUCUACUUCCAACAAUAAGGGUACAUAUAGAGAGAUGGUUGAUUGGUACAAAGAUAAAGUUGAGAUUGUUAAGGAUGCAUAUGAUAAAGGUGCAAAAAUUGCACAAUGA